AUGACAUCCAUCACUAGCAGCAGCAGCAGCAGCACAGCUGACAAAGAUGAAGACAAAGUUGGAGGACCCGCGCCGCCCCACGCGCUCAUCAUCGGGGCGGGGAUCGCCGGCUGCACGCUGGCGCUCCUGCUCAAGCGCGUCGGUGUGACGUCGACCAUCUACGAGGCCUACCCGCGCGAACAGGCCUGCCAGGGCAGCGGCGGCGGCCUCCAGAUCGCGCCCAACGGCAUGCUGGUGCUCGACCACCUGGGCCUGGCCGGCGAGCUCCAGCCCCGCGGCAUAGUGUGCCCCGACUUCGCCUUCUACAACCAGUACGGCAAGCGGCUCGUGGCGCUGCCGGUCGACCCAGACCGCGAGUUCGCUCAGCCGGCCGUGAUGAUGACCCGCGCCACCAUCCACGAGGUGUUGAUGGAGGCCGUUGAGCACGAAGAGGGCAUUAAAGUCGAGUUCGACAAGCGCCUCGUCAGCCUGUCGGGCUUCGAUACCGAAGGUGAUGAAGCCGAUGAUGACAGCGGCGGAGCGGUGACAGCCCUGUUUGAAGAUGGGAGCUCGGCGCGCGGAGACCUGGUGGUCGGGGCCGACGGGCUGCACUCGCGCACGCGGGCCAUCGUGCUGGGCGACGAUGACCCCCGGCCCCAGUUCCUCGGGUUGAUGACCUCCGGCGGCUUCGCGCGCACCGACGCCCUGCUCGACUUGCCCGAGGACCAGCAGGGCACGGCCCACUUCCUGUGCGGCCCGACCGGCGGCACGUUUGGCUACUGUCGGGUCCGGGCCGACGACCCGCGGCUGGUCAUGUGGUGGCGCAACAUGUACGUGGGCGACCACCCCGAGUGGUGCGAGCGAGCGCCGACUCGGGACGAGCUGCAGGCCAUCGACACCGACGAGCUCAAGGCGCGCAUUCUCGACGUGCCGGGCGGGUGGUCGCCACUGGCUCGCCAGCUGGUGACCGAGACCGAACACAUCCUGCGCGGCACCGUGCACGACGUGGCUGCGCUGCCGUGCUGGUUCGCCGGCCGCGCGGUGCUGAUCGGCGACGCCGCGCACGCCGUGAGCCCGCACUCGGGCCAAGGCGCCUCGCUGGCGCUCGAAGACGCCAUGUACCUGGCCAAGAUGAUCCGCCUGGCCCUGCGCGACCACCGCGCCACCCGGCGGCGACGACGGCCAGCGGCGGUUGUCCGCGAAGACGGUGCCCAAGGCGGUGUUCGAGUCGGCGUUCCGGCGUUCGAGGCCGGGCGCAAGGCGCGGGCGGAGAUGGUGGCGGCGGAGGGAAGACGGCGCGGCGAGCCGCGGGCGGUGAAGGCGGGCGAGCAGCCGCCGGGCGCGAUCCGGCAGUGGCUCACCGAGAAAAUGCUGCUCGCCGUCUUCAAGCUCCUGGUGCCCUCCUCCUUCAAAACGGCGUUCGGCUACCGGAUCGAGUGGGACGACUGCGAGAGCCUGGCCGACGCUGAGCAGCGCAGCAAGGGCUCGACCUCCUGGUGGCCAUGGCAGACCGCCUGA